AUGGCUUCAGGUCAACAGAUCAACCUGGCGAAAUCAUCUGUUUUUUUCAGUGCUAAUACUAGAGAAGAUAUUCGAUGCUCAAUUUGUAGCUCUCUUAAUAUUCCUGAAGCGGGACCCUCCAGCUUGUAUUUGGGGUUACCAAAUAUAUUGGGCAGAAACAAAUCUGUUUUGUUGGGAUAUCUCAGAGAUAAAAUGAGGAACAGGAUUGAGCAAUGGGAAGGUCGCUUGUUAUCCAAAGCAGGGAAGGAAGUGCUAAUAAAAACUGUGGCUCAAUCACUCCCUUCUUAUGCAAUGAGUGUUUUUUUGCUUCCUAAGAACUUGUGUGCAGACAUGGAGAGACUGAUGUGUAGAUAUUGGUGGCGUGGCUCAUCUAGAAAUGGGAAAUCCAUUCAUUGGAAGAGAUGGGAGUCCUUAACUGUUCAUAAGAUUAAGGGGGGCAUGGGCUUUCGGGACCUUGGUGAUUUCAAUAGAGCUCUCCUUUGUAAACAAAGUUGGAGACUCCUUUGUAAUCCGGAAUCUUUGGUGGGACGCGUCUAUAAGGCAAGAUAUUAUAAAAAUUCUUCGUUCUUGGGUGCCAAAAUUGGGUCAAACCCAAGCUAUAUUUGGAGGAGUCUUUUGGAAGUGAAACCCCUAAUUAUUCAGGGGGCUAGAUGGCAUGUGGGCAAUGGAGAGUCUAUCAAGGUAAUUUCAGAUCCAUGGCUCUUAGAUGAAUCCAACCCUUGUGUUACAACUUUCCACCCUUCAUUGGUAGAUGCCAAAGUUUCGGCCUUGAUGCAUGUGGAAAGAGGCGGCUGGGAUGUUGAUUUAGUCCAUGAUAUAUUUAAUGAGAGGGAUGCUAGUUGUAUACUAAAUAUUCCUCUUAGCCCAAAUCGUGAUAGAGAUUGCUGGUAUUGGAGCUUUGAAACCUCUGGGUAUUUUUCAGUCAAGUUUUGA